AUGGAAGAAAUCUUCAAGCCCGCCCCCGAGCCCGCCACCCCUCUGGGUCGGUACCGGGUGCUCUCAUCCACAGCCGGUAUUCGCGUCUCUCCCCUCCAGCUAGGCGCCAUGUCCAUCGGCGACAGCUGGAGCCAAUUCAUGGGCAGCAUGAACAAAGAGCAAUCCUUUGCGCUGCUCGACGCCUUCGCGGCAGCAGGCGGCAACUUCAUCGACACAGCAAACAACUACCAAAAUGAGCAGUCCGAAGCCUGGAUCGGUGAAUGGAUGGCCGCGCGCCAGAACCGCGACCAAAUGGUCAUCGCAACCAAGUUCACAACCGACUACCGCAGCCAUGCACUCGGCAAGGGCAAAGUACCUAACGCCUGCGGCAAUCACAAGCGCAGCAUGAUCCUCAGCGUGCGCGACUCCCUCCGCAAACUGCAAACCGACUUCAUCGACGUCCUCUACCUGCACUGGUGGGACCACACCACCUCCAUCGAAGAGGUCAUGGACUCCCUCCACAUCCUCGUCGAGCAGGGCAAGGUCAUGUACCUCGGUAUCUCGGAUUCGCCGGCGUGGGUGGUCUCGGCCGCGAACACGUAUGCGCGUGCACACGGCAAGACACCUUUCUCCGUCUACCAGGGACGGUGGAACGUGAUGCGCCGAGACUUCGAGCGGGACAUUCUGCCAAUGGCGCGGCACUUCGGGAUGGCGCUUGCGCCGUGGGAUGUGCUUGGUAGCGGACACUUCCAGUCGGCGAAGCAGAUCGAGGCGCGUAAGAAGUCUGGCGAGGGACUGCGCAAUAUUUUCGGAUCUGAGCAGACAGAGGAAGAGAAGCGUAUUUCCGAGGCUUUGGCGACUGUUGCUGCCGAACAUGGAAUCGAGUCUGUGACCGCUAUUGCGUUGGCCUAUGUUCUUUGCAAGGCACCGAAUGUAUUCCCGCUUGUUGGUGGACGCAAGAUUGAGCAUCUACAUGAUAAUAUCCAGGCUUUGACUAUCCGGCUUACGGAUAAGCAGAUUGAGUUUUUGGAGGCGGCGACUGACUUUGAUGUUGGGUUCCCUAAUAACUUCAUUGGAAUUGACCCUAAAGUCACUGGUGGUCAGCAAAACAUGCUGAUGAGCACGGCUGGUCACAUUGAUUAUGUUCAGGCUCCUCGCGCUGUUGGAUAUGAGCCCACCAAAUGA